AUGGCGUCCGUCGCCGCUUGGCUGCCCUUCGCCCGAGCAGCCGCCAUCGGAUGGGUUCCCAUCGCCACGCACCCGCUGCCGCCGCCCCCAGUCCCCAAGGACCGCCGCCGCGCCGAAGACGAGAAGCUCCUCAUUAACGUCUCCGGACGACGCUUCGAGACAUGGCGAAACACCCUCGAGAAAUACCCCGACUCCCUCCUCGGCUCCACCGAGAGAGAAUUCUUCUACGACGAAGACAGCAGAGAGUAUUUCUUCGACAGAGACCCGGAUAUAUUCCGACACAUACUAAAUUAUUACAGAACUGGCAAGUUGCACUACCCCAAACACGAAUGUUUGACGGGAUACGACGAGGAGCUCGCUUUCUUUGGGAUCCUACCUGACGUGAUCGGAGACUGCUGCUAUGAGGACUACAGAGAUAGGAAACGGGAGAAUGCCGAGAGGCUCAUGGACGAUAAAUUAAGUGAGGCGGGAGAUCAGAGCCUGCCCCAACUGACAGACUUGCGGCAGAAGAUGUGGCGAGCGUUCGAGAACCCCCACACUUCGACUGCUGCCUUGGUAUUCUACUAUGUGACUGGGUUCUUCAUCGCGGUGUCGGUGAUGGCGAACGUAGUGGAAACAGUGCCGUGCGGCCACCGGCCCGGCCGCGCUGGGACCCUGCCGUGUGGCGAGCGGUACAAAAUCGUGUUCUUCUGCUUAGACACAGCGUGUGUGAUGAUAUUUACAGCGGAGUACCUGCUCCGACUGUUCGCAGCGCCGGAUCGCUGCAAGUUCGUGAGAUCAGUCAUGUCGAUCAUUGACGUGGUGGCCAUCCUGCCGUACUACAUUGGUCUCGGGAUAACCGACAACGAUGACGUGUCGGGAGCCUUCGUGACCCUGAGGGUGUUCAGAGUGUUCCGUAUCUUCAAGUUCUCCAGGCACUCUCAAGGCUUGCGUAUCCUGGGUUACACGUUGAAGUCGUGCGCCAGUGAACUGGGCUUCCUGGUAUUCUCGUUGGCGAUGGCCAUCAUCAUCUUCGCCACAGUGAUGUUCUACGCUGAGAAGAACGAGCAAGAUACCAAUUUCACAUCCAUUCCUGCCGCCUUCUGGUACACCAUCGUGACAAUGACGACGCUGGGAUACGGCGACAUGGUACCAGGCACCAUAGCCGGCAAGAUCGUCGGAGGAGUGUGCUCCCUGUCCGGAGUGCUGGUCAUAGCGCUCCCGGUGCCCGUCAUCGUGUCCAACUUCUCCAGGAUCUACCAUCAGAACCAGAGGGCUGAUAAGAGGAAGGCUCAGAGGAAAGCCCGCCUCGCCCGAAUCCGCAUCGCCAAAGCCUCCUCCGGAGCUGCCUUCGUGUCAAAGAAGAAGGCAGCUGAAGCCCGCCUCGCUGCCCAGGAGUCGGGCGUAGAACUAGAUGAUGCUGGAAGAGACGAGGACAUCUUCGAGUUGCAGCACCACCACUUACUGCGAUGCCUCGAGCGCACCACGGACCGUGAAUUCGUGGAAAUGGAGAACCCCUUCAAUGGAGCAGCCAAACGGGCUGGGUCCCCGUCUCCGCUAGCGUCGCCCGCGCACUCUGGUCGCGCGCCUGCGCUGUUGGCGUGUUGCGCAAGAUGUGGCUGCUGCCCACAGAAGUAUCAGGUCCUGCUAUUAGACUCGAGUAGGAAGGGAAGAAAGGGAGGGAGGCGGUACACGUCGACCUCUCGACCCUCCGACACGUCAGUGUCCGCUGCGCCCAGCGAAGAUCCAUUACCACAAGCGUGUGGCAAAUACAUUCCUGCCGGGAGCACAGUGCAGGGCAAUCAGACUGGUGUCGCCAUGGACGGGACUUAUCUAGUGGAGGCAUCCUUCUAGGGUCCAUCCACCAGCCACAUGGAGACAUAUGUAUAGCCCAUGCAAGUGAACCUAUCACGGACAUGAAUCAAAGCCUAGUUCACACUAGCACGCGACACACGUCGUACCAAAACAACAAUUAUUAGAAUUAUAAAUCUGUGUAACAUGUUCUAAGUCUAACACGAUACUGCCUAACAUUAAAAAAAAUAUCAGAUUUGUAUUUUGCGAGUUUCGGAGUGAGUUAUGGACACAGAGUUUUACACUGUGAUUUUUAAAAUGGAAUAGUCCAUUUCUUGUUCCAUUCCAUUUUUAAAAGACUUCUGUAGUGCCAUUCCAUUUCGAUUACCGGAAUGUGCUCUGGAAUGGAAGAAACGGCUGGAAAUGGAAUGCAUUUCUGGAUUGUGACAUGAAAGAGAUGGAAGAUAUUUGGGAUUGUGGUCUUAAUCUCUGGAACGUAAUGUUCUUUCGCGUCCUCUCCGUGUAGUUUCUUUUAUCCGUAUUAGUAAUAAAAACAGUAUUAAUUAAGAUUUUAAAUGUUAAUGGUGAACGGAUAGAAUCUUGCUUCUUGUAACAACGAGAUAAAAUUAUGUGAAAAUGGUAUUGUCUUUAGACUUUCUUGUGAGAGGCGUUUUUAGAAAAGACAACUAGAUUCAAAUUUCAGUAUAGUCAAUAGUUAUUCGAGUCAUAUCAACAUUAGGCAGUUAUAUAGACGUACCGGUAUCUUAUAAAUAAACUGUUCAUAGUUGAAGUCAUUUCUGGGGGUCCUAAGUUAAUAAAUAGUAUGUAUAAGUAAAUAAAAUAGAAAAAAAUCUAGUCAUGAAUGAAAAAGUAACACAAAUGCAACGUGAGUUUUUAAUAAUUUAUUAUUACAUUGCAUUUUCAAAACAUGUCAUUUCUAGUCAAAAAUCAAUGUGAUCGAAUUACAUUUUUGAAAUUAUAAAUUAUUUGCAUUUUUAAUUUUAAGUUGUCAAACAUCGAAUGUUAUUUUAGAUUUUAUAAUUUAAUUUUAGUGUUAGGUUUGUUGAACUAAAAUUCAAAAUCUGUCUAUUUGUAAUAUCUACGUUUAAAUUCUUGAGAUAUUAAUACAUAAUUAUUUUGUCAAUGCUUUUAAUUUUUAAAAUAAUUUCCCGACAUUUUUCAUAACUGGACCUUCCGAUGACUUUGAUUGUGGACAUACUCAAGGUCCCAACUUUUAAAAUACUACUUAUUUUUUAUUUAUUUUAAUUUAUAUCACUAGAACUCUAGUGCCUUCAAUAUUUGUUAUUUCCAAAAAAAUCGUUGCUCUGUGUUAGUGAGGCGUAAAUGUUAGUGUUGUAACGAUGCGUCAGAUAUCGAUAGUCGAUACGUCGAUAUGACGUAACGCUGUGUAUUUGUAAAGGACUUGUUGCGUCAAAGUGACGUAUUGAGCCGUGUAUAAAUGUAUUCGAGGUGGAUUAUUUACGUCGCCCGACCGUAGUGCUGGAAUAUGACAUGUGAAAUAUGAGAGAGUAUUUUGGCAGACAGUUGAAUGUAUUUUUGAGUUCUAAAAGUAAUAUUCAAUUGUUGUAAAUCUCCUUAAUGCGUAUUCGAAAGCAGUAUGACGUACUGAUGAGCAAGGAAAUGACGUUAAGUUUAUAUUUUUAAGAUUUUUGAACAAAAGUACAUUUAACUGUAUGUUAUACUUGCCAUGCGCAUGAUCAGAAACAUAACGACAUUACCGAUGUCACUAGUAGAGACCCCCUAUCAUAGACCAGUCUUAUGAUUGCAUUAGUAUGAAAUAAUGUUAUAAUAAUAGAUAGAGAAUUUAUGUGGUUACAUUAGAGAUUUAUUUAAUUAUAUGUUAAUAAACUAGCGUUAAGACGAAUAGUGUUUAAGUAAAAAUUUAUUGCAUUGAAUGCAUGAUUUUAAAAUUGUAGAUACAUACGUAUUUUUUUCACCAUGCUUUCUCUCCAAAUGUGUCUUUUAAAGUUAUCGAUAAAAAUAUGAAUUGUAAAUCGUGUUCUUUCACGUCACUACGCGUUGGGUAACGCUUCAAUUUUUAAAUUUAAAUUUAUUAAUCAGUAUACUAUGUAAAUUGUUUCUUACGGAAUUAAAUUUUUAAUAAAAUAAUCUAAACCUUCGAUUUACUGAAGUGUAAAAUCGCUUGCCAGAUUUAAUGGUCUAAAUACUAAGGGAGAUAACUUCCAAUUUCUUUGAAGUAAUUCCUAUAUAGUCUACUUAAAUUACUUGUAGACAUAAGCGUUAUUUAAAGUAAUACUUGAAUAACAGCGGGUUCUAAAAUGGUGCCUCGAAUCAAAAGCGGACCAUUUGAAUCCAAGAUUAGACAGCUCGUGAAGAAAGCAUGGUUUUAAACAAAAUCUUUUUGUUUUUAGUUCAUAAUAUUUAUCGUAGUCAUUAUGAAACCGAAUUCGAUGUUAAUAAAAUGUUUCUUCCAAAGUAUUGCCACAAUUUCUACUAAAUAUAAUGAGAAAUGUGUUGUACUCAAUAAAAUAAUUUGGUAAUAUUGUAAGUCUAGGAGUCGGGUAAAUAAAUCGAGAAUUUUUCUUUUUAAUUUGAAAGAAAUGCUGAGUAAUUUUUGGUAAAUAGUAAAGAGGUUUAGAUUGCAAGGUUUUCUUGAAUUUUAAAAGCGAGAGGGUUCCCAUUCGAACGAAGAAAGACUUAUAAACAUUAACAGCUGAUUUGUGCUACGCCAUUACGAUAUAAAAGACUAAAAACAACUUAAUAAUAAAUAGUUACAUUUUACAAUUUAGCAUUAUUUUUUUACUUUGGGACUGAACUCUAAUAAAUCCUAUUAAGUCAGUCUAUCGGUAGAGGCCGACAGCUCAUCAAGUUAUUUGAAUCUGUCAAAUGUCUUUAAUAGAUUUUCAACUCUAGCACUUAAGGUAUAAGAUUGAAUGUUGACUGGAAAUUCACAUGGAAUAGCUUGAUGUGCGUGUAUACCAACUGAUCCUAAUCGAGGUAUUCCUCGAAGCGCCACCGUUUUGAGGUGCACCAAUAUCAUUCCUCGGAGCGCACCUUUUAAUAUAACAAUUACUACUGAAAGGUGUAAUCUGAAGAAUAUAAUAUAGGCGCGCCUCAAAACGGGUGCGCCUCAAAAUAGUAGCGCUUCGAGGAAUACCUGGUUGAAGCAGCUUGAUUUGCUGGCUUCUUUACCAACAGUCCCUUAUCUAAAUUGAUGCGCUAAAUUGUACAAUGUGACGUCAAUAUUCAAGAAAUAACUUGCAAUGUAAACAAGAAAAAUACUCGUUUUAAUAUAAUUUGUUAUAUGUGGUCCACACCCCUGUGAUUCUAUGGCUGUUUUACCAUUAUUUAUUGUUUCAGUUUCAAGUUUAAUUUUUGUGUUGAAGUGAUAAUUUUUAUGAAAUAUUUUUUUUAGAUUUUACAAAAUUGCCGGUUACAGGAUAUAGGGAUACAAGAAUGACUUACGCAAUUUUAGCCUGUCAAAUACUUAAGCCAAAUUAUGUAAUGCUUUAAUUUAAUUACCUAAAUUUUCGUUUAUACAAUUUCUGAAUUUGUAAUCCUUUUUAUUGUUCACGAUGAAACUUCCAGUAAAGAUAGUUUUCUUUCAAAAUAUAUUUCAUAAAAAUAUUACACUUCAACACUGUUUUUUCUGAAAGAUGUUUUAUCUUUCGGUUUUUCAAAUUUGAUUUUCUGUUAUGUUUUUAAAAAGAUUCUAUCGUAAAUGUUUCUUGUUUUUUAGUUUUGUUUAUUUUUUAGUUUCAAUGAUAUUAUUGUCACUUUCAAAAUUAUGAUAAAACUUUUUUGAAAAGUGUUACUGUGGUGAUAAAAUUUUGGAUUUUUAACUACAUGAUAUUAACACCGUCCUUAAUCGGUAGUCAACAGAAUUCUGAUAAUAAUCAAUUAAAAUCUUAUUAAUUAGCUCAAUUGAUCACACAGUAACAUUUUUGAAAAUCAAAAAUCUUUUUUAAACAAUUCACUGAUAUUUUACUGUGUGUUUUCAAGACUGUAUUGUUUAAGUAAUUAAAAAAAACUAUUUAAAAAGAUGGUCAUGCUCGGAAAAAUAAAUAGAAAAAAAUAUGCACAAAAUUAUGCCAUUCCUUAUGAAUUAUGAGACAAUAUUGGGCUAUUUUUUGUGCUCCAAAAUUAAAAUUUCGAAAAUGUAUAAAAGUCCCUUCGUACACUCGUGUACGCAAGGCUUCGAAAAACGUCGAUUUUGUAUUUAAGAGACUAAUAAAAUACAAAUUCUUAAUUUCCCACACAGUUACAGCUCCUCUAAGCUGAAAUAACGCGCCCUAGUACGGCAAUUUAGUUUUAAUAGUAAAUUCAGUAGUUCAUUUCAGCGUGUAGAUACAGAAUAUUAUACACAUUGGAGAAAUUUUGUUUUGUAUAUCAGUCGCUUAUAGACCAAAAUCAUGGGUUAUUGAAGAUUUGCGUAGGUACCCUAGUGUAGGGUGGAGCUUACAGCAAAAUUAUCUCCCCAUAAAGCAAUCCAGUUUUCUAGUCUACUCUUGGUGACUAGAUACUCUUUGGCUCAGGAGUAUUUAGCAAAUUACCUUCCUGGAUACUUCUUAAUUCCAAUAACUUUCCAGACUGUCAGGGUGCUGAAGAUGAAUUCUAUGAAAAACUUAUUGUUACAAAGCGUCAUAAAAUUCCAUCCCAUCACUACAGUUGUGAAGCUACGUACUAAUGUUCGUGAAACCGUCACUCGCACACACACAUGAGCAUCGACGAGCUUUUACCGGCGCUAUCGAUGCUGUCAGUACUGAGUGUCGUGCAUCGAGCACAUGCGUGUGUGAGUGACGUUGUUACGAACGAUAGUACGUAGCUUCACAACUUUUUGCAAGCGAAUAUAUUUUAACUGUGCCAUCAGUGUCGACUGGGAGCGUGCCCAAGAGGCUGCUAAAAUUGGUAAUGUUAACAGAUUUAGGAAUAUUAAAUGGAAGUUAUUCUUGAUUUUAUCUGUUGUCCAAAAAAGCCUUUUUCCAUUGAAAUUAUCGUUAAUUUAUAAACUUACUGGGUAAAUACAAAUAUCUACAUUGUCCAAAAUAUAUAGUCAAAAUGUAUUUAUUUAUUUAUUUAAAAUUUAUUUAAAAUCCGAGCAUGACACAUCAAAAUGCGUCGAAAAUAUGUGUAUGUGUCGUUGGACCAAAGUGGAUACUUCGAGUGUAGAGACAUAAUAUAGUGCAUGUACUUGGAUUUUAUUAUGUAGGGGACAAUAUGGGGAUUCGAAGUCAAAGUCAAGUCAUAGUAAAAAAGUAUAGAAGUGAAGGACGGGGGUUUUGCAAUCAUUACCAAUUAUUUUUUUCAGUUAAGGUGAGAUAGAAUUUGGAUUCGUAGGUAGGUAAUGGAUAUUACCUUAUACUUACGAAAUUAUGUAGUUAGGUAUGUGAAAUAUUUUUUUUUUCUAAUCUGGAAUUGAUCAUAGAAGGGGAUAAAAGUAUGUAGCUUAUUUGUAUGGGGAUUAAACUAGUUUUGGUUGGUCCAGUACUGAAUGUUGGGUGAAUUUGGAAUAAUAACAACCCUGGAAUCUGAUAUUCCAGGUUUGGUCCUUUCAGGUAACCAUGGUCGUUGGUCUUAAAGAGAUUUAGGUAUGUUCCAUACUGUCUCCUACAUAAUAUUCUAAGUGAUCGAGUGGUCGAUUUGUUUUAUAAUUUGUACCUAACUAUCGAUUGUCGAAAAUUAAACAAUGUUUAAGGCUCUCGGUUCUGAACCUUUAGCUUAAUUCUUUGUUAUUUUGAGAAAAAAAUAAAAUAAACAUAAUUGUAUAUAAA